GUCACAUGACUACCAGGUGUCGCUGUUGUUGUGUCAGCAGAAUGUGGUGCACCGCAGAGAUCUCCGAGGGACACAACGAACACUCCUUUAUUUCUGUUUCUUACUGAAAACAUCUCACACAUGCUCUUCAUCACGGCACGGGAUCAGUUAAUCGACAUCGAGCACAUGAGGUUAUAGUGAUCACAGAACACAAGGACCGGCCUGUUGUUAGUUUUGACCUGGAUCCUGUGCAGCUGUCUGUUUGCACCUGUGUUCUGAUUUCAGCGAUUGGCCAGAAAAAGCUGAAUAGCAUUAUUUUGGAUCAAUGGAUAGGUAUUCUGAGUAGUAGCUCUGACUGAUAGCACAAGCACGUUCUACUUUUAACCUAUGGUGCCCUUGUAAGUUCAUUUGAGAGUGUGUGAAAAAAUCAGGCAUCAUGUCAAGGGCAGACAGGGCGAUUAACAGUGAAUCGGGAGAUUGGGGCAACAGUGAAGAUGCUGGUGAAAGGGCGUGGCUCCUACAGAGCCCCAGCGUGGACUCCAUUCAACCAUCUAUCCAAUCAGAAGACAGAAGGGGAGGAACUUCCUCACUUGGGGCUGUUUUUAUUGUGGUGAAUGCUGCUUUGGGAGCCGGACUUCUCAAUUUUCCUGCUGCAUUCAACAUGGCUGGUGGAGUAACAGCAGGAGUGGUCCUACAAAUGUGCAUGGUGCUUUUCAUCAUCAGUGGGUUGGUGAUCUUGGCUUAUUGUUCUCAGGUGAGCAAUGAGACCACGUAUCAGGAGGUAAUUCGUGCUGUAUGUGGGAAGGUUCUUGGUGUCAUAUGUGAGCUGGCCAUCGCUGUUUACACCUUUGGCACCUGCAUAGCCUUUCUAAUUAUUAUUGGAGAUCAGCUAGACAAGUUGAUUGGUGCAGCAAGUCACGAGUCAGAGACGGAAACUGGUUCGCACUGGUAUACGGAUCGUAAGUUCACCAUCACUUUGACCUCAGUGCUAAUCAUACUGCCUCUGUCCAUACCCAAAGAGAUCGGCUUCCAGAAAUACGCCAGCACACUGAGUGUUAUUGGCACCUGGUACGUGACAAUCAUAGUUAUCGUCAAAUACAUCUGGCCUGACAAAGAUAUUUUUCCAGGGAACAUCCCAACAAGCCCCGCAUCCUGGACUGAUGUGUUCAACGCCAUGCCUACAAUCUGCUUUGGAUUCCAGUGUCACGUCAGUAGUGUUCCUGUUUUUAAUAGCAUGAAGAAGCCAGAAAUUCGACCUUGGUGGGCAGUCGUCACAGCCAGCAUGAUUAUCUGCCUCUUUGUUUAUACAGGCACAGGUGUCUGUGGCUUCCUGUCGUUCGGUUCAAAUGUAAGCCAGGAUGUCUUAAUGUCAUAUCCGUCCAAUGAUAUUGCAGUGGCCAUUGCCCGAGCUUUUAUCAUCAUUUGUGUUGUCACCUCAUAUCCAAUCCUGCACUUCUGUGGAAGGGCAGUGCUGGAAGGUCUAUGGCUGCGUUUUAAAGGAGAGGAGGUAGAGACCGAUGUGGCAAAGGAACGGAGACGAAGGAUUCUGCAGACCUCCAUCUGGUUUUGUCUCACACUCAUCCUUGCUCUCUUCAUUCCCGAUAUUGGACGAGUCAUUUCACUAAUUGGUGGUUUGGCUGCAUGCUUCAUUUUUGUUUUUCCAGGGUUGUGUUUGAUUCAGGCCAAGCUUUCAGAGCAUGAUGUCAGAUCGGCCAGCUGGAAUGGAAUGGUGGCUUAUGGUGUCAUAAUGGUUACAAUUGGUGCUUUCAUCUUUGGCCAGACCACAACUAAUGCCAUCUACAAAGACAUCAUCAAUCAACCCAACAUGUGACCUCAUGGACAUUGGACUUUUGACCAGUAGAGACAGUUAAAACAUGGUAGUGAAGACUGCCCAAAUCAUGUCUACCACUGACCUCUAUUACAUCUUCAGGAGUUUUAAAUUUUGUAAAACUGACAUUAAAAUUGAGCAUUCCCACAGAAGUUUUUACCUCUUUAUGUAGUGGAUCACCCACUAGCAUGCGCAAUCAACCCUUCUGCUGUGGCUGUUUUUGAAUGGGAACCCCCUGCAAAGGACCAUAGACACUAUACAGCUACAGUUUAAAUAAUUACAUGUGCUAAUUCCUUACAUUUUUGUCUAAUCUGAGAUCGUCCCAAAUACAGUCCCUUUUUUAUGUAAAUUUUUUUUGUCCAUUCCUUUUCCUUUUUUUAUUAUUUUAUAAUUUAUUUUAAUUUGAAGAACCUAAUUUAGUGAGGGCCUUAUACACUUGACAUCGCAAAUUUGUUCAGUGUUUAUUAUGUUUACCUUUUCAAUAUCGUUGCUAAUUUUACUUUCUGGGGGGAACUUGCACUGCCAAAUCAGCAAUUCUGCAGUUACAUUUACUGUGGGAAAUUAAUUGUGUGUGUAUGUGUGGGUGUGUAGCAUUGGUUUAGACCAGUAAAGGUGGACUUUCAAACUGUAUUUCAGAAGAAUGUUUUUAUUUAAAUCGAAUGCACUGUCGUUAUUUUUGCUACACUUUCUAAAUGUGAGAGUAGCAGUUUGUUUCAAGAAAUUGUUGUUAAGGCGGGGGCAACAAUCACUAAUUUUUUAUGAAUUUACUGAUACUUGAACUGAGUGUAAUGAAAACUACGUGGUUGACUUGAAAAUAUGUGAAUUAAUUUUCUUUUUCACUUUGUUUUAAGGGGUAAAUAUUCAAGUUCAUGAAUGGAAGAAUGGCUAAAUAUUCUUUUCACUUUAAUUGUGUCACAUGGUGUGUUGGUGACCAUUUCUUAAUUGUGCAUACAUACCAAGCACAGUUCUUAUAUCCUACCUUGUGGGUUCAAUCUAUAACACAAGAUGCAUGUCUGCCAUUUGUUCAAUCAUGUAUUAUUGUAUAUUUGUUUCAGUGCCAUCACUAAAGGGAUAAUCCAUAGUCCAUCAACAAGCUGCAUUUAUGCGUCUUAUUUCAUAUUUAAAAUAGUGUUGAUGACAACUAAAGGUUUAUUAUUUUUUUUCUGGAACAUUUAUAUAUUUCACUAUAAUUAGAAUAACAAACCCUGAAUGUUUUUUGUGACCAUACAAUGCAAUGAACUGUCAAAAGUCAUAAAAGUUAAUAAAGAUAAUCACAUAUGGUG